GUAUUCUAGUGCCCAAUAAUGCAAGCUUAGGCCGGGAAUGCCAUUAUAUAUGAGCUGCUCUUCUUCCCCAGAGAAAAACAGGAAGGGCUCGUUCGUUUUGAGCGGAUUGGGCCGUUCUUGGCCGUAUUCUAGACAGAAUUAAUGAGUCUGGUUUGGAAUCCGUAGAACUGUUCGUUUUGAUGUUGGCCGGAAAGGAAACCACAUGAUUUUGAGUCAACCCUUCAGUCUUUGGCCUGGAACAAACACGGACAAUCCACCUUCUAGAUUGGUUCCCAGCCUAGAAACGGACGAGUGACCAGGAAUAAGUGUCCACUCAAUCCUGGACUGGAUUGGUUACUGAUCUGUUUUUGAUCCACGUCUGCCGAACGGGGCCGAAACGAAUGCGAACUAUGCCAUCAACAUGGAACUAAACUCAGACACCCUCCUCUUCCUAACUACUAUCAUCUCAGCGGCUAUCCUUGUUGUGUGCUCACUUAGCCGCCGCAAACCUUCACCAGGCCCCAAGAAGAAGCGGCCUCCAGGCCCAUGGCGUCUCCCCUUGAUCGGAAACCUCCUCCACCUAGCCACCUCGCAGCCGCACGUCGCGCUACGGGAUCUGGCCAGGAAGCACGGACCCGUCAUGUACCUGCGUCUGGGCCAGAUCGACGCCGUCGUGAUCUCCUCGCCCGCGGCGGCACAGGAGGUGCUCCGGGACAAGGACGUCGCCUUCGCGUCGCGGCCGAACCUGCUCGUGGCGGACAUCAUCCUCUACGGAAGCAUGGACAUGUCGUUCGCGCCGUACGGCGCUUACUGGAGGAUGCUGCGCAAGCUCUGCAUGUCCGAGCUGCUCAGCACACACAAGGUGCGGCAGCUCUUGGCCGUCCGUGACAGCGAGACCAUUUCGUUGGUCAGGAAGGUCCGGGCUGCCGGCGGCCAGAGCGGAGAGCCGGUCAAUCUGGGCAGGCUGGUUUUGUCCUGCUCGAUGGCGAUCACCGGCAGGGCGACGUUUGGGCAGCUGUGCGGCGACGAGCUCAUGUCGGUCGUCGACGUGGCGGUGCUGUACGGUGGCGGGUUCUGCGCCGGGGACCUCUUCCCGUCCCUGUCGUUCGUGGACGUCGUCACUGGGUUGACACGACGGCUGUGGCGAGCGCGCCGGCACCUCGACGGCAUAUUUGACAAGAUCAUCGCCGAGUGUGAGGCACGGCAGCGACAGGCGAAGACGACGACCGGGACAACGAACGGAGAUGGCGACGGCCUUCUCAGCGUCUUGCUUAGGAUCCGAGACGAGGGGGAGACCGGCAUCAGCAUGACUAGUAUCAAAGCAAUCUUAUUUGACAUGCUCGCCGGCGGGACGGAGACCACGUCGUCGGCCGCGGAGUGGAUCAUGUCGGAGCUGAUGAGGAACCCGGAGGCAAUGGCCAAGGCGCAAGCCGAGGUCCGCCGAGUGCUCGACGGCAAGAGCCCGCAAGACCACGAAGGGCAAAUGGACAAGCUCAGCUACACGAGGAUGGUGGUGAAGGAGGGCCUGAGGCUGCACCCGGUGUUCCCUCUCCUUCUUCCUCGUCUCUGCCGGGAGACGUGCGACGUCGGCGGCUUCGAGGUGGCCCAGGGCACCAAGGUCAUCGUCAACGCGUGGGCGUUGGCGAGGAGCCCCGAGCAUUGGAAGCAUCCGGAGGAGUUCUGGCCGGAGAGAUUCGCCGACGACACUAGCGUCGCCGCGGCGGCGGACUACGUAGGGUCUCAGUUUGAGUAUAUCCCGUUCGGGAGCGGCAGGAGGAUGUGCCCUGGAAACACCUUUGGCCUCGCCGCGCUGGAGCUCAUGGUUGCGCGGCUGCUCUACUACUUCGACUGGAGCCUCCCGGAUGGAAUGCGGCCUGACGAGCUGGACAUGGACACCGUCGUUGGUUCGACCAUGCGGAGAAGAAACCACCUGCAUCUGGUUGCGUCACCGUGCAAGGAGAUCGAGAGCUGAUGUUGGUGUUGUUCUGAUUUACUGAAUAAAAGCUGUCACUUUUGAUAUAUUGUUAUCAUUUUCAUAAAAAAUACACUUCCUCGAUGCACCGAUA